AUGGAGCCAGCAGAGAUCAGAUUCUCUCUACAGAGACCUCUACAGCACACAGAUCCAGACAUGGCUCCUAAAACCACUGCAGCAAUGACCAACUCUCAGGAGCAUCUCACUCUGACCCACAAGCUCAGAAAACCUCUGGUGGAGAAGUUACGCAGAGAGCGAAUCAACAGCAGCAUUGAGCAGCUCAAGUCUCUCCUGGGUCCAGAGUUCCUCAAACAGCAGCCAGACUCCAAGCUGGAGAAAGCAGACAUCCUGGAGAUGACAGUUUGUGUCCUGAGACGACUGCAGCAGAUGAAUCAGCAGCAGAGAAGACUGCUGAACCACUUCAACAAGCUGCAGUCUUCCUCUGAUAACAACCUGAGAGAGGCUGACUUUUCUCCUCUGAGCUCCACAGUCCAGACCAGCAUCACCACAGACAAGAGUCCAGUCAACAGCGCCGCCUGGAGGCCGUGGUAGACACCUACAGACUGGAGUUACUGCCAGACAAACUAAGACGACCGUAUUGGUCAAAGAUUACUGGAACUGAAUUAUACUGAAUUCUUUGAAAUUUCAUGAACUUCUUCUUCUGUUUGUACAGAAGGUUUUAUUUUGUAUUUUGAUUUUUCUUUGUGCAAGAUGACAUUUCCUGAGGAAAUGACAGCAACAAUAUCUUUCAAUUUAAGAAAGAGAACAUCUUGUCAUGCAUGUUGCAUGAAACAAAUCUGAUUGCAUCUGCAAUUAUUAUUAUCAUACCUCACUGUACUUCAUGUAUUGGUAUAUAAUGCUAUGGUAACUUAAUUGUUGUUAUCUUCUGAAUGUUAUUGAUCAUGUUGAUCAGAAAGUUACUUUGACUGUCAUUUAUAUGGCAAUAUUGUCAUAAUUGAAACUGUGAUUACUCAAAACUGAUCUGUUCUUAGAUCCAGAUGUUUAUCCUUUGUUUCUAAAGGUUUGCUUAAUGUCACAUUUCCCCUGUGAUACUUUUAUGGCUCACUGCACAUCAUGAAGAUGUGCAUGAAGAUAUUUGUUACCUCUUGAUAGGUACCGAUGACUCUAAAUUCAUCAAAAGUCUUGAUUGUUCUUUUUGAGGACAUUAUGUCAUUGUUACCUUUGCCUCAUAUGUGGUUAUUCAAAAAUUAUCUAUUUUCAGAUCAAUAUGUUUCUCCUUUUACUGUAAAAGGUUUGAUUACUGUUGUAAUAUUUACAACUAGAAAUUAAUUUAGCAGAUAUUAUGAACAAUUUGAUCUGUUGUAAAAUUGUUAUUCUAUAUUUGUUCAUUAUGUGCAAAUUUCUAAUCCAUUUGGGAAGAAAUGUCAAAGUCCAGUGAGAACUGUGUUCUCAAAUAUUAUGAUACGUUUGUCUUUUAUAAAGACAGUUGUUCCUUUACUCUCUGUGAGUACAGUGUGUCUUGUAGAAAUCUACAAGUUGUUGUUGUUGUGAUGUAUCAUCACCUCUAGCUGAAACUUUCAUACUUUGUGGCUCUUUGUGCCUUGUUGAAUAAACAAACAAUGCAACUUGAAA